AUGAGCCUCCGGAGAAAUUUCACAUCCUGGCGCUCCUCCCGCCGAAAGAGCUCCCCACCUGCAACCCAGCGACCCCCCGAAACCACCUCUGAUGACCAAACCCCAGCCGUUGACAAGAAGGGCUUUGACUAUACACCUGGAGAAUAUGCUGUCGCGGCCACGGAGCUGGUUUUAUCCGCCCUCGACACAGUCACGACUUUCGCGCCUGUUCCGUACCUCAAAGAAGCUUCUGGACUGGCGAGCAAUCUCCUCAAGACAAUCCUGAGCAUGAGCGACGUGGAAGAUGGCUUCCAAGGUCUUGUGAAGGAAAUCUGUGGGAUUAUUAUCAUUUUCUCGGACGAGUGCAAGAAUGAGCCCAUAAGCGCUCAGCUGGAGAAGCAUGUCAUGGAUGUCAUCGCGCACCUAAAUACGUUGAAGGAGAUGUGUGAGAAGUACCCAAGAACCAAGUGGUGGAAAAAGCUGCUGUUUCCGAAUGUCAACGCACAGAAGAUGGCGGCGAUCAAAGGAGAGCUUGAGUCCAUAUUCCAGGAGUUUUAUCUUCGUAACGUCUUCGCCAUCCGGAACGGCGUCGAUUUCUUCAAAGACCAGAAUCAGCCUCUAAUGGAUCAGCUGCAACAUAUGAUCAAGGAUCUGCAAGAGUCGACGAAGGAGAACCUCGAGGCGAGAGCCCUCCUAGAAGAAGAUUCCAAUGCUCCGCUCGUCGACUCUCCCUUCGCCAAUGCUACCAUCGAAGAUACCGACAUCACGAAUCAUGCGAAUAACCACAACAACGUCGUCAGCUUUAAUGGAACUGCCGCCUCUUCGAGCUCAUCCAAUGCUGUUGACCAAUCAUUCAUGGAUUCCACUAUAACCGGAGGCUCGACGAUUGUCAACCAUUCCAACAAUUAUGACAACUAUGGUAGCUUCAACAACAUCCCUGCCUCGACUACCGCUUCGACCUCCAGCUCUCAGCCACCCCGUCGUGUCGAUCAAUCGUUCAAGGGGGCGAAGAUUUCUGGAUCCUCCAAGAUCGUCAGUCAUUCGAACAACAACAGUAAUUACGGCUCUUUCAAUCAAGGCAGCGUCGAUGUAAGCGCAAUCAUAUCGUCCUUGGAGCACAUGCGCACGCCGAUGCCGCCUCAGGCACCCACAAACGAGUUGAGCGAGCCGAAGCUGGUAACCGCCGACGAAUUGAUCCAGAUGUAUGAUAUCCCGGCGAUGAUACGGGAAAUGGAGAAUUCCCGCACUGGUCAUCGUACGGCCAAGAAGGGCAAGAAAUCUAGGCGGGAAAAGCAGCCAAUUGCUGUUCGUACCAGUUAA